AUGGGAAGGGGUUUAGAGGGGGGCGGUGGUGGUGGUGGUGUUUCCGGUUGCGACAAAUUAUUUUCAAGUGACACGUCAAAAAGUGGAAUUUUCACGUCUCCCCAAUAUCCGAAUUCGUAUCCGCCGAGAACUCGUUGCCGAUACGAUUUUCAAGGUCGCGGAAGAGAAAGAAUUCAAGUGAAAUUUUUGGAUUUUAAUUUGCCUCAAACGACGGCGACGGCGACGGGGGAACACAAAGAUUGCGAAAGUUUAGAUUCGAUAAAUGCUUACGUCCAUACGGAAGGAAGACUGGAAAAAAUUGAUUCGUUUUGCGGUAAUUCAGUGCCUAAAUCCCUUAUGUCAAACGGACCGAGACUAACGUUAGAAUUUCGCGGGAUUUAUUCUUCUAGAAAAAUCAUCACGGGAUUUAAAGCUUUUUACACGUUUACGGAAAAAUUUGGAAUGACGAGAGGACAUCAAUUGACGGAAUAUCCCUGCGCAUUUGUUUUCAAUUCUAACGAAUCACGUAAUGGAACAUUUUCCAGUCCGAAUUUUCCCGGUUUUUAUCCGCGUGACACGGAAUGUCACUUUUUCUUUCAGGGAAGUCAAAAAGAAAAAGUUAAUUUACAUUUUAGUUAUUUCGACGUGGAAGGAGUUUUGCCGUGCGAAGCCAUAUCGGCAAGCGACUAUAUCGAAUUUUCUAAUUACAUGGCGAGAGAUCGAAAACAUUCGAGAUAUUGCGGUCAAUUGAAACCGUUUUUCGUUGAAUCCGAACGUGAAUUUUUUCGCGUUACUUUUAGAUCGAACGAUCGUUUGGACGGUACCGGAUUUCAAGCGUUCUAUCAAUUUAUUGGAGAAAUCGAAGCGUUCACACCGAAUCCCAUACUGAGAAGUUGUUGUUCCUGUUUAUGUUAUUAUAAUAAUAAUCGAACGGUUCAAUUUACGUGGUUGAUCUUAUUUAUAAUUUUCGCAUCGCGAACGUCGUGUUUUUUUCAUAUAGUUUGCUGA